UUCUGACUUUUUUUCCAUUGUCUAGCUCUGAUUAUAGCCAAACCCCACCCUACUUCAUGAGUCUCUGUAGGAUUCUGCAGUGGGUCCACUUUAUGUCCCUGCUAUGGAAGAGGAUCAGGAAAUCCCAGAUAGGAUCCUCUUAAACCUCUAAAACUCAACACCGAGGCACAGACCUUGAUGAGAAGUCCACUAGGGCCAGCCUUAUUAUAUACUUCACCAGACAUCCUAUUCUUCCAUGCCUUCUGAGCUCUUGAUUAUGGUAAACCAUCUCUCUACCUUCUGCUUUUCUUGAAAUAAUGCUUCCAGUUCUACUUCUCACUUCACGGUUAUACGGAGAGACAUUUUUGGAUGAACAGUUAUGAUUUUGACUUUCCCAAACCAGAAACUCUCUAUACUAUUUUUGCAACUCUUUGUAAGUCAAAAAUUAUUUCACAGAGUGUUUUUGUUUUUUCAACUGCAGCCUACACUCUUAUAUUGAGCUAUGCCUGAAGAAAAGAUUUUGAAUUGAUAAGACAUCUUGAAGAAAGGACAGUCAGCAUAUCUCUAGGUUGUAUCAAAUAGAAAUCCCUAAUUACUAUCCAACUCCUUGACAUAUAGGGGAGGUGGGUGGAUCAGACUUAAUGCAUUAGCCUUGCUAUGAGGCCAUUUCCCAACACAACAUUUGACUAUAUUAAUUGAUUUUUCAUAUAGAUUAUUGUAUAGUGGAAAGAGUGCACUAAUUGACAUGGAUAUUCCCAUUCACUUCAUAGUUAUUUUUAUCUUUAUAAAUAACAUUCUGAUUUAUUUCUCAAGUACUUGAGUGUUUGCUAAUAUGUCAGUCUGUCUGGCUGCCACUUCUUGGACAGCUGACAAAUGGAGUUUGUUAACCUAGAAAGCUGGAAGCCACCCCUGACUCUUGGUGAUGCAGGCAAGUUGCUGUCCUGACAGGUUUUGUGUGAGUUACCAGAUAGUAUCCUUAGGCAACAGCUCUAUCUCGUUUUUCUGUUUACUGGGACAGUGAUAUCCCUUCCCCCACCUUCUUUUCCUCUAUGAGCAGGGCUCCCAGUUUUUCAACCUUGAAGUCUUUUACAAUCAAAGCAAAGUGAAGAUUUGUGGAUGUUGAAUAUGCAAGGAGCUGAAAAGAGAGAGAUUGAAAGAGAGAUUUGUCCAGGAAUGCUGGGGUGAAUGUGAGUGAACAUCUAUUGAGUGAGCAUCUCUUGAGGCCAGCUUUUCCCUGGUUGGGUGAACAAGCCUGCUCCAGAACAGGAUGGCUCUGAAAUUGAUUUGCCAGGGAUAGCAUCAAAGAGAUCCCAAGAGGAUGAAUACCAGGAUUCUACAUUUGAAGAAAAAUAUGUAUGUGAGAGCAUGAAGGAAAACCCUCCCAGAGAGGUUUCUGGACCAUGCCUUUUCCAAGAAGGUUUUGGGGGAAUAGCUUUCAUCCACAAGGACGCACCUCCAGAAAUGAUGAGACAAGAAUAUAAUUUUGAGAGAAGCCUGCUUUUGACCUCAAGCCUUGUUACACAUCUCAGGGUUUCUACAGAAGAGAGCCUACAUCAGUGGGAGACAAGUAGCAUAUACACCAAUGAGAUUUCAGACCAAAGUAAAUGUCCGAUCUUCUCUACACAGAAAAAAUCUUGGAAAUGUAGUGAAUGUGGAAAAACUUUUAAUCAGAGCUCAUCCUUUACCCAGCAUCAGAGAACUCAUACGAGACCCUACACAUGUGAGGAAUGUGGGAAAACUUUUAGUCGUAGCUCAUUCCUUGUUCGACAUCAAAGAAUUCACACCGGAGUGAAACCAUAUGGAUGUGAGCAGUGUGGGAAAACAUUUCGAUGUCGAUCAUUUCUUACUCAGCAUCAGAGAAUCCACACUGGAGAGAAACCGUAUAAAUGUAAUGACUGUGGGAAUUCCUUCCGCAAUCAUUCACAUCUCACUGAACACCAAAGAAUUCACACUGGAGAGAAACCUUAUAAAUGUAAUAGAUGUGGGAAGGCAUUCAGUCAGAACACACACCUCAUUCAUCAUCAGAGAAUUCACACUGGUGAGAAACCUUAUUUAUGCAAUGAAUGUGGCUCUUCGUUUCGCAAACACUCAAAUCUUACACAACAUCAGAGAAUUCACACUGGGGAAAAGCCCUAUAAAUGUGAUGAAUGUGGGAAGACUUUCCAUACAAAGGCAAACCUCUCUCAGCAUCAGAGAAUUCAUACUGGAGAGAAACCCUAUAAAUGUAAGGAAUGUGGGAAAGCGUUUUGUCAGAGCCCAUCCCUUAUUAAACACCAGCGAAUUCAUACUGGAGAAAAACCCUAUAAGUGUAAGGAAUGUGGCAAAGCUUUUGCUCAGAGCACCCCACUCACUAAACAUCAGAGAAUUCAUACAGGAGAAAGACCGUACAAAUGCAGUGAGUGUGGUAAAGCUUUCAUUCAGAGCAUUUGCCUUAUUCGGCAUCAGAGAAGCCACACUGGAGAAAAACCCUAUAAAUGCAAUGAAUGUGGGAAGGGCUUUAACCAGAAUACCUGCCUCACUCAGCAUAUGAGAAUUCAUACUGGAGAGAAGCCCUAUAAAUGUCAAGAAUGUGGGAAAGCCUUUGCUCACAACACGUCUCUUACUGAACAUCAUAGAACUCACACUGGUGAGAAGCUCUAUAAGUGUAGUGAGUGUGAGAAAACCUUCCGCAAGUAUGCACACCUUAGUGAACAUUACAGGAUUCACACUGGUGAGAAGCCUUAUGAAUGCUUUGAAUGUGGAAAAUUCUUCAGACAUAGUUCAGUCCUUUUCAGACAUCAGAAACUUCACAGUGGUGAAUAAACCUGGCAUUCAGGUUAUGACAGUUCUCUAGAGACAGUGACUAGGAAUCUGGCUGGGGAAGAGGGACAGGAAGAGUUCCUAGAGGAAAGGAUAAAGGAGCCUUGGAUACUGCACUCAGGAGGGUAUUUUGAGAAAUGGAGGUGGGAGCUUGGAGAAUGCAGAGCCUACUCCAGGUGGGCAUCUGGGAAUACAGGGUAGGAAAGAAGUUCCUACUUUUCACAGAAAUCCUUGCUCUUUGCCAUUCCUUUGUCUCCAUGGCAUUCUCAUACCUGGAGAUGCCAUUUAAGUUAGCACUGUGUUUCCCUUAUCACACCCCUGCUUCACCCUCCCAACUUGUCACCUGUGUUCACUGGUCAUAGGCUGAGGUGCUUUUCCAAAUUGAUUGUCGGUGUGAAAGUGGCAGCAGCUCUGAGGUAGUGCUGAGUAGCCUGCAGAUGCCUGAGGCCGCUCUGACUAUGCCACUGUGGGGAGGCUGCCCAUCUGUGGAGGCGUUCCCAUGAAGGGGAGAUAGAAACAAGUGAAAACAGAAUCCUUAGUCAUUCAUCUAUUCAGCAAAUAAGGGGAUAUAUGGCAAGAGCUGGGUUGAUUGCUACAGAAAAAUUGGUGAAGAAGGCUUUUAUCAGGGUGAGGGAGAGCUUCCUGAUCCUUUCAAGCUGGAGGGUGACUUGGGGCUAAGAAGGAAAUAAGAGAUCAAGAGAGACUUCUCUUGAAUGAUGUCAGUUUGUGGGAAGGAAGCCAGAUCUGCUCAGAGGAAGCAGAGAGGAAGACCUAACCUCUUUCCCAGAGGAAUAUUAUCUUACCCAGAAAGAAAAUGGUUUGUGCUAGACUGCUAGUGCUAAGAAGCCUCAGAGCAGGAAGCCUACCUGUGACUGAGCAAGCUACCCACAUAUCCCUGUACUAGACUAGGGCAUCACCUGUCUCUUGUAAGUUUGGCUAGGACACUAGUGCACAGGGACCAGGGGAGAGGGGCCCACUAGGAUUAACAAAGUGGGACUUGGUUUGUUAGCCUUUAGAGAGGAGAAAGCAUUAGUGAUGAAGUGGUCACCGUAAUGGGGAUGGCUAGGUUUUGUGUAAUCAUGGCAUUGGUGGCUCUAACCAUGGAUUCAUUAGAUCUCAGAUAUUUCUGUUUUUAUUGGGCCUCUUUUUCCAGGAUAUUUAUCAUUCCCUGUGGAUUGGGAGUAUGUAGGGAAACACUUCUCGUGGGAUGAAUUUGGAAAGAAUUCUAGAGAGAAUUACCUCUUUUUCAAAUCCCUGAAAAUUGAGAUAACAUGGUUUGCCAUGACUGUGAUGGUAUUUUAUUCUUUUGAGAGAAAGGAAGGGCAUGUUUCCCCUUUAUUUCCCCAUUCUCUUUCAUGUUUUUAACUGCUACCCAGAGAUUCAGCUCUGGAAGAUUAAGUGAUCUUAAAUUAGCCUUUGACUAGUAUUUGAAAUAGUUUCUAUGCUCUGAAGCUUAUAUAGUUUUUAAAAUAUGACUGUUUAAAAACUAAAGUAAGUUAAUUCUGGAAUGGUUAUUUGGAACUCAGCAUCGAUUUUUUUUUUUUUCCAGAGCAAGUAUCUUACAAGCAUUGGUUUGAGCAAUUAAUUACCAAUAAUGGGAAUGUGGCAGAAAUAACAUAUUUUCCCUCUCCAGCUGUAAAGAUUAUGUUCUCAAAUCUGCCAUAGGACAAUUCAUAAUUGAGUAAAUUAAUAUCUUAUGGGCAAAAAUAACCCUAUGAAAACUUUACAUUUUAUGCUCAUGGAAAAAAAAUAUAGUCUACUGAAAGCAAAUGUCAAUGUAUUUUUUUUCUAAAUGAAAAAAACCCACUAAACUCAUUGCUAGCAUGUAGUAAAUGUUCAAUAAAUUUUUAUUUGUUGAAUUAAUA